AUGUCCUUCUAUCACAAGUCCCAAGGGUUUGUUCCUGGAACUCUAGUCUUCAGGCGUUUCUACUCAGUCAAGAAACAAUUAAAAGACCAUAAACUUCCAAGCAGUCAUGGUGUUGAAAUUCAACGGAUACAUCUCAAUGAAACUCUUUUCAACGAAUUAAAUCAAAAGGAUAUUAAAAUUAAAGAUUUAAAAAGUAAUAUUUCGAAAACAAGAACAAAAUCAAAACCAAAACCCCUUAAAAACACACUUCAAAAACAUCUUGUUAAAGAAAGAAAUAUAAACAACACUGAAAAAACACUGAAACAACCUUUCUUUAAAAAGAAAAAUCUAAAAACCAAUAAAGAUAUUAAAAAUUUUGUCGCGAGAUAUAUCCGUCUCGAUCUCGACAAAAAAUCUUCAUCUGAUACUGCAUUAAAUGUUAUUAAUCCUGCUUCAUUGGAUUUUGAACCUAUUAAUUUCAACAAGUAUGACGACGUAUUGAAGGAUUCAUCAAUUACUAUUGAUAACGAGUAUAGAAAAAUUAAUACUCUCAGUCAGUUGAAGUUGAUACCGAAAUUAGCACACAAUUUAUCAAGAGUUUUAUUUCAUCCCAAUUGUUUCUAUCCUUUGAAGGAUUCGUUCUCAAAUGUUUUUAACUUUACGCCCUUUUUAAGAAAUGUCUUGCCAAUAGAUCAAUUUGAUUACUCCAAAGUUGGUUCAUUCAUUCCUUCAUCAAGUGAUAAAGGUAGUUUAACAGUCUCUCAAAAAUUAAAUCAACUUAACGGAUUGGCUCGAAAAGCAAUAGGUAAAACGGAUCCAAAAAAAACAGACAAAAAAUCAAAAUCAUCAACGUUUAACGAUAUCCAGUUUUAUAGUUCAACAUCUUCAAUAACAAAAGUAUUGAGUUCUUUUCACAGAUUAUUAUCAAAUAACAGACCAUGCAAUCUUCUGAAAUUAUCAAAGACUUUUCCUGGAUCUUUUCUUUCUCCUAAUGGUGCAAUCUUGUCUCCUGUAUCAGUGAUUGUAACAAGAAAAGGAGCCUUAGAUCCAACUAAUGACGAAAACAAGAAAUACAUUUACUGUGUAGACAGCGAUAGGUUUUCUGACGAAGAAGUGGUUUUAUCAAUCUUAGGACAUUCUUUUGAAAGAUUAUUAACAAAUGAAGAAAAACAAUUCCUUGAAACUUAUAAACUUGACAAAACUAAAAAUCCAUCUGAUAUUUCAACCACAGAAGCAGAAGACCCAGAACCAAAUAUAUACCAUUAUGCUCAAUGCUCAAAUUUUUUAGUGAGGUCUCAAUUGGAUUGUUUUGAUGAGAGGUUACCUGGUAAGGGAACUUUUGAUUUAAAAGCUAGAGCAGUUGUCUCAAUUAGACACGAUAUCAAAUAUACUCAGGAAACAUUGAAAAAUGAAACUGGCUAUCAAAUUAAUCAACAAACAGGUCUCUUUGAAAGCCAUGAAAGAGAAAAACAUGAUUUAAUUAGAAGUACUUUAGGUAAAUUUGGUUUACAAGCAAGAUUGGGAUUCAUGAAUGGAAUAUUCAUUUGCUAUCAUAAUAUCAAGAAAAUCUUUGGAUUUGAGUAUCUUCCACUAUCAGAAAUAGAUGAAAUUACUCACUCGAUUACUGACAAUGAUGUGUACAACGAUAUUUAUUGGGUAGCCAAAAACAGAAUUGUUAAACCACUUGCUUCUAAUAACACCAAAUUAACAGAAACCGAAAAUGAAAAGGAUUUUAAUGCAGCUCGAAACGAAUUUAGUCAUUUUUUUGACAAGGAAUCAUUUGAAAUUCAGUCAAUCUUAAAUACCGGUCAACUUACUAAAGACGAAAACAAACAGAAAAUUAGUUCUCAUAUUGCUAACUUUGAACUAAAAACUUCAAUAAAAAUCUGGGAAGAUAUAAUGAAUAAAAUUAUUGAGAAAUAUAUGGCUCUUGAGCCAAAAGAAUCUCAAAAUUCUUUCAGAAUGAUUUUUGAUACAACCACUACUCAUGCAGAUGGUGCCUUGAAAGAAUCUCAUCGAUUUAAUAGUGGCACUACAAUGAAAGUUUUAUUUGCUCCAAUAACAGAUUUACAACAUACUAAAUUACAAGGUAUCGGAUUAAAUAUUGAUGAUUAUACAAAAACAAAUGAAACCCAAGAAACUGAAACACAAGAUGAUAACGUAGAUUCUAAAAUUGAAAUUGCAGAACGAGCUGACAAAGAAACUGAAGGAGAAAUCAACCUGUAUAGUGGAAAGGAAGAAAAUGGCACUCAACUUGCAACAGAAGAAGAAUCAACAAAAGAAAAUGAUGUUAAAACUGAUGAUGUUAAGACUGAUGUUGUUAAGACUGGUUCGGAUUCUGAAGAGAAAAUGUUUGGAUCCAACUAUAAGAAUUUUAGAAUUGCCACACCAAAGGAAGAAGUUGAGGUCGUAAAUCAGGAAAUUAAAAGUAAAAUUCGUGGAUUUGAGGUUAAAGUGUAUCAUUUAAUGAAUGGAGAGACAUGUUCACAAACAUAUCCAUUCCCAGAUCUGGUGGACACAGAUUGGAGAUUAGCAUACACAGUUACGGAUAUGAAGAAAGAUCGUGCUGAACAACAGUACACAUCGUGUAUAAAUUCUAUUGUCAAUCUUGGUAAGAAAUCAAUAAAGGAAACAAAUUUGGAAGAACUAGCUUCAACCAAACAAUUUGUUUAUGCUAUAAGAGCAUACGAUCAAAGAGGCAGAGCUAAAAGUCUUGAAGAAGAUAACAACAAUCCUGUUAUGUGGACACCUUAA